AUGCAAAUGACCCUGCUUCUCCUCCUCUUUGCAGGCAUCUUGGUCCAAGAGAUGAUCGUAAAGUCUUUGGUGUUGACAACCAUUCUUCAGACCACUUUAUCUAGUAGGUCCUCUGUUUCUUUAGUCUCUGAUACCACUAAGACCCCAAACCUCAAGUCAGCAAUCUCUGCCCUCAUAAAAACAAGGGUCACUGAGAAGAAUAAUAGCACUGGGCACCAGAUCUUCCCAUCUGCCCCAACUCCUUAUACAGCCAAUGACGUUUCCUCUCCUGGGACUUCUACUGUUGUCAGCAGUGGCCAAUCUGUCCUGGAUCCAGCAAACUCCCAGGAAAUUUCCAUCAAGCAGUCAUCAGUCUUACAGCUUUUUAAUGCAACCAGUAACCUGGCCAUCUCAGUAAUGAAUUCUCAACAUAUGACUAGUGGAAUCAUGGCAACUAGCUCUCUGGAGACCUCCAAGGGGACCAAUGGACCCUCUGUCCCCAUGGCAACCAGUUCUUUGAAGACCUCAAUGGGAACCAGUAGACCCUCUAUCCCCAUGGCAACCAGCUCUUUGGAGACCUCCAUGGAGACCAGUGGACCCUCUGUCCCCAUGGCAACCAGCUCUUUGGAUACCUCCAUGGGGACCAGUGGACCCUACAUCCCCAUGGCAACCAGCUCUUUGAAGACCUCAAUGGGGACCAGUGGACCCUCUGUCCCCAUGGCAACUAGCUCCCUGGAGACCUCCAAGGGGAUCAGUAACUCCCCCUCAUGGGGGAUAAAAAUACCCACUAUGACUACUCCAAAGUCCUCCCCAAAUUCAGAUCAUGGGACAAAUGGCACCCUGCUGGUGGCUCUGCUUGUGGCUCUGCUAAUGUUCAUUGUCUUCAUGGCACUACUCCUGCUGUGGCACCAGCGGCAGAAGCGGAGGACAGGGAUUCUGACACUAAGCAGUGGUGGAAAGCACAAUGGGGUAGUAGAUGCCUGGGCUGGGCCAGCCCAAGUAUGUGAUGAAGAGACCCUGACAGUAACAGCAGGAGGGUCCAGGGGCAACAAGGGUUCUGGGACCUUGGAGGAGGAGGGGUCUGGCCGAAGGCCAACACUCACCACUUUCUUCAGUAGACGCAAGUCAUGCCAGGGCUCUUUGGCACUAGAGGAGCUAAAGGCUGGGUCAUCCCCCAACCUAAAGGGGGAGGAAGAGCCACUGGUGGGCGACGAGUAUGGGCCUGUGGAGCCCCCUGAUCCAGAUGGACCUGUGGAGUUCCCCACUCCAGAAGAGCCAGCAGUGGGAGAUGUGGAGGCCCCUCAGUGCUUGUGAGAAACAAAACUGGAGGUCACAGUCACACCCAACUUCAUCACCUUCCCUCCCAGCACUUCUUCCAAGUUCAUCAUCACCCAGCAUCCUGUGAUUUUCACCCAGCAUUUCACUCUGAAUCUUCAUUCUUAACCCUGCAUCUUCCAGGAGCACUGGCACCCAGACCCUUGGCCAGGACCUAUGCCUGCUGAGAGCUGGUGGGCUGAAUGAGGAAGCCUGCCUCAUCAUCCUCUGCUUCUCCCCACCACCUUUAUCUCCACGUUUUUGUCCUUGAAACUAGCUGCUGAGUCUCCA